GUGACCCGCCGGGCGGGGCGGCUCCAGGGUCACGUGCUGCACAUGGCGGCGCCAUCGUGGUGAGCCCGGCCCGGCCUGGCCCGACCCCGAGUACAGCUCCCUCCCUCACCGCCCCCUCAGUCCCCGGCCCGCUUCCCUGCCACACCCAGGCGGUGAUCGUGGAGGGGAUCCCGGCUGGCCUCGAGUAGAGCUGCAUUCCUCACUUACCCGCCCGUUUGGCGGCUCCACUCGACGCUGCGAGGCGGCGUUGCCAUGGCGAUGGGCUGGGCCCCGCUGCUGCUCAUGGCGCUGCUUCCCCGUCACAUGUCCGGAGCCAAACUCAAUGUCCCCAAGGUGUUACUGCCCUACUCCAGCACCGUGAAGGUCAACUUCACCCUGCAGGCGGACGAAGGGUGCUAUGGAUGGUUUUCAACCCGACCAGAUAUAGCAACCAUUGAACCUGUGUAUCAGAAUAAUACUGACUGUUCCAAUUCAGCGGUGAUAUCUGCUCGCUCUACUCAGCGUACUCGCCUCACCAGCAUAAUCAUAGCAGAGGAAACUGUGACAGGACAGGUGUUGCGCUGUGAUGUAAUGGUGGACAAAAUAAAUCAAAUUGAAAUUUUAUCAACAACUCGGGAGUUGUACGUGGAUGACUCACUGUUAAAAUUAACAGUUAGAGCCUUGGAUGAAGAAGGAAAUACAUUUAGCAGCUUGGAAGGAUUUAUUUUCGUUUGGAGCAUUGUGAAGAAUGAAAACUCGGAUAAUAACGCUGAGUCGCCACGUAAAAUUCGAAUACUGAAGUUUUCGGAAUCCCCCUACUUACCAUCUGCACACAUAGAAAAAAUGGAAAGAGAAGGAAAGCAAGGAGACAUUAUUCUCGUAUCUGGGUUAAUGACUGGUACUGCUAACCUGAAUGCACGACUGCAUGAAACUAUAUAUAAGCGUGUUCCUGCUGCAACAAUACGCCUCAUUAUUCUGGAAAACAUUAUUUUAAGCCCAGCCCAUGAUAUUUACCUAUUGGUGGGAGCUUUUAUUCACUACAGAGUUACUAAAAUAGUAAAUGGGAUAAUGACAGAGGUUAACAUGCCAUCUGAACAGUAUAGAUUGGAGUUACACAGCGAUAAGAUGCGCUCUGAUGGAGAGGGAAAUGCAACUGUUGCUAAACUGGAUUCUGACUCCUCCAUUGUCACAGCAGUACACACAGGACGGGCCAACUUAGUUCUGACCUACAAGAACAUUCAUAUGCAAGCACUUUCUCAUUUACCUAACAGUACAAUAUUUGUUGUGGAAGUUGGCUUUCUAGGCUUUUUCAUCUUGCCUGGAGAAAGAUGGGUGCUGGAAGUAGAACGAAAGUAUGAAUUUACAGUGGAAAUCUAUGACAAAAGGAGUAAUAAAGUUUAUUUAUCUGAUAAUCUAAAUAUUGCCACUGCCCUUCCACAAUCACAUUUCCAAACUCUGAAAACAACGAGGAAUGGGUCUUAUCAUUAUGUGGAUGUUAUGUUGGCUGGCCACACAGAAAUUAAGGCAACACUCUUUGGAGUGGUUGGGCAGUAUCUGACUACACCUAUUACCAACAGCCAAGCAGUAAUUAUUUAUAACUCAAUAAUACUGGAGCCAAGUAUUCUUGUCUUCCCUUGGCACCCCAAGCCUCGAUGUUAUCGACAUAUCAUUAAGGUUAUAGGAGGAAGUGGGAACUUUACAUGGUCAUCAAGUAAUGAAACUGUUGCUCUGGUGACAGUUAAAGGUUUGAUAGCAACUGGUGACAGCCGAGGCUUCAGCAUUAUACGGGCGAGGGAUGUGGAAAAUGCUAUUCACUUCGGCGAAAUGCAAGUCAAUGUGCUCAGGCCAGUCAGUAUAGAGUUUGUCCAAUCCCGAGUAGAGGCUGAGGUUGCUCAGUAUCUUUACUUGUGGAUUAUGGUCUAUGGACUCAAGGAGACGGAUGACAUGGAAACAGUUCCAGUGAAUGACUGCUCACUAAUGAACUUGGCGGUGGAUAUGGACAAGCAAGGGGUGUUCAAAGUCAUACAAGGGAAAUUAGAGGCAGAUGCUACUCAUUGCACUGGGAUAUCUGUACAGGCAGAGACACCAGGCCACACAUUACUAACAGCAAGUGCUGCAUUUCUGGAGGUCCAUUUUAGCAGCAGCAUAAGCAUUGCCUCUUACCAUCGACUUAGAGCUAUUGAUCCAGUUGCUGUUGCAAUAGUCACUCUAACCUCUUCAAAAGAAAUGCUGUUUGAAGGAGGUCCCAGGCCUUGGGUACUGGAGCCAUCAGGAUUCUUCAUGGAUCUGACUGGUGAAAAGAAGAAUAAGAUAACCAUUGAACAACAAUGGGCUCCGUCCAUGAAAAAGAAAAGUCAUCAUGGGUUUAGAGUCACCUGUGUAGCCUUAGGAGAACAGUUUUUGACAUUUAAAGUUGGCAACCAGCCAAGCUUGCUGAAUCUCAACCCUGCCGUUGAAGAUGUAAAAGUGAAGUUGGUCUGUGCUGUUCCCACCAGCGUGACAUUGGCUCCUGUGUAUAAGUCACGAGAACGUGGUCUUCCAUGCCCUCUGCUGCAACACAACAAGCAAUUGGUACCCGUUUCUUUCUGCAGAAACACCAUUUUGGAACUAACUGCAUAUGACCAAUAUGGACGGAAGUUUGAUAACUUUACCUCUCUGUUCAUUAACUGGAAAUCAUCCAACUCUUCUCUGGGCAGUCUUCAUCCUACAUUACUCAUGGAAAUGAUUUUAAGAGAUGACGGAAGUGGACAGAAGAGGCUACAUGGUAAUGUAUUUAUAUAUAUUAUAUUUUCAUUUUUAAAAACAGGUCAUAGAAUGGUUACAGUUUACAGGAAGAAAGGAACUGUGUCCAUUUCAGUAUAUUUGGUUGGGUAUCAAAAGACUCAGCCUGACUUCUUCCCCGAAGUGAAUAGCUUGUUUGUGCCAAUAACGGCCAGCAUUGAUUUAUUACUGGUGGAUGAUGUGUCCUUGGUCCCCAGAAACCUCACUGUGUACAACCAUCCCGAUAUAUUGGAAGUAAUCUAUUUAACUGAAGGCUCUGGAUAUUUUUUUGUUAAUACGACAGACGCUGAGGUUUUAACCAGCACAUAUAUGGAAGCCAAAAAUUAUAUCCAAGUAAAGCCACUGCAACCGGGAAUAGUGACACUGAAAGCUUAUGACCUUUGCCUGACCUGCAAAGGUCCUGCCAGAGCUGAGAUCCAUGUAUCGGAUAUAUUGGAUUUUGAGCUGGACCUUAUUCAUAAGAUUGAAGUUGGAAAGUCUGUUGCAGUAAAUGUGAGAAUCCUGGAUUUCUUCAAGCAACCCUUUUUGAACAGAUACUUUCACUGCAUGAAUAUAAGCCUGCAGGCAGCCUCCCCAAUUGUCACCUUAGAAGCAAUUUCUAACUUGGAUAAACAUGCUGCAAGUUACAUGAUGAGAGCUGUGACCCUGGGCCAAACAACGCUAGUUGCAACUGUCAAAGACAAGAAUUGUCGCAAGCUGAGCUCCUCUCCACGUCAGAUAGAGGUAUUCCCACCAUUCAGACUAAUCCCACGAAGAGUGACAUUGAUCAUUGGUGGUAUGAUACAGGUGAUGUCUGAAGGUGGUCCACAACCACAGUCCAAUAUUUAUUUCUCUAUUAAUAAUCACACUAUUGCCAAGGUAAAUAAAUUAGGGCAGCUUACUGCCUUGGUGGUUGGAACAGCAAAAAUGACUGGUAUUGUCCAGGCUGUUGACGAUGACACAGGAAGAGUGGUUGUUUUCUCUCAGGAUGAAGUGACCGUAGAGGUGAUUCGGCUAAAAGGGAUAAAGAUCCAUGCUCCAGUAACUAGACUGAGGACUGGAACUCAGGUGCCGGUGUAUGUGACAGGAAUCACCAGUUCCCAGACUCCAUUUUCCUUUGGUAAUGGGGUUCCUGGCCUAACCUUUCACUGGACGACAACAAAACGGGAGGUUAUCGAGAUUGUCACCCGACAUUCCGAAAUUUCCUUGGAGCUCUCCGCAGAGUAUAAUUUUGCCAUGUUGCUGCACUGCCGAGCACAAGGGAAAACGGGUUUGAAGGUCAUGGUAAACGCAAAGGAUCCAUCUGCAGGACAGUUUGAAAAAUACGUUGACAUGUUUUCUGAUGAGAUUCAGAUUAUGGUGUUUGGAAUACUACAACUCUUACCUCUCUCUCUGCCAGCAGAGGAAGUCCUCAUGUCACCAAAUUCCCAAUUGAAGUUACAAACGUCUCGGGAUGGGAAAGCUCUUGUGAGCUAUGAAGUACGCAAAUGUCCAAAUAAUAAGUCUGUGAUUAUGGAGGAUGGGCAUGGACUUUUGAUGUCCGGACACAGAACUGGUUCUUCUGCCCUGACAGUAACAUCGCGCGAAUACUUUGGAUUGAACCAAACCAUUGUAACUGGAGUGAGGGUGGCUCCAGUGGCAUACCUCAGUAUUGUGACCAGUCCAAUGUUGUACAUAACCAAGAAUGAAGAACUGACUGCCCUUCCUCUUGGAAUGACAUUGACUUUCACAGUCAACUUUUAUGAUCUCAGUGGAGACCAGUUUCAUGCACACAAUACAGAAUUAUAUUUAGCUCUUAACAGGGAUGAUCUGCUGUUGAUUGGACCGGGCACCAGUAAUAACACCUAUGUGGCUCAAGCUGCCAAUGUAGGAUUGACCAUACUGGCAGUUUGGGACAACAAGCAUCCUGGCAUUGCUGACUACAUCCCCAUACCUAUCCAGUACGCCAUCUGGCCCAACAUAUCAGAACACGUGGUAUUGAGUGAUGUCAUAUGUUUCUCCAGCGUCCUGGUGAAUCAGGAAGGUGAGCCUGGGAACUGGUAUGUCUUAUCAAAUGAAGUUCUGCAGAUCGAUAGUGGCACAGGAUUGGGAGUUACCAGGGGCACUGGGUCGACCACUGUCUAUUACGAAAUUCCAGGAAUUGUGAAAACCUACAGAGAGCUCACAGUUACUGGUGUAGGAAAAGCCUCCAUUUCCAUUCACGGUUUCAAACAUAUUGUCGGCCUUCCUAAGUUUAAUGUGUACAGAUUUAUUGUGACUACAAUGAACAAAGAUAGCAGCCUGAGGGGGGACUGCAGUUUUGCUCAGAUUAAAGCUACAUCAAAACUAAAGCCAGAAUCAAACCUUGCCUGUUCUGUGCGAUUUAAUAAUAUUGUAUUACAAGUCUUUGCAGGCUCUGUUUUCUCUGUGGAACCUGAAUUCAUUGCAGAUACAGGUCAGUACAGCUGUACAGUCAUGAUAAAAGAACUACCAGAUGCUGUGUUUCGGGAGUUGAGCACAGGUGGGGACACCUAUGUCUCUGUCAAAGCCUCUGUUCUCGGAGGACAUUACGCGGGCCAAGUGGGAAGAACAGAGAUUCCUUUCAUCCCUGGAUUUUAUAUGAACCAAUCAGCUGUUUCUCUCAGCCAUAAAGAACCACUAAUAAACAUCACUAUUUUUGGCAUAGAUAGAGUGUUGAAUGAACUGGAGGUCCAAUCUCAAUCAUCUGCCAUUGUAGUGAGUGAGCCCAUCAAACUACUUGCAGUACCCAAUAUUGUUUACACACUGAGCCCUGCCAAUGUCAGCCUUCUCCAGCAGGGCAUGUCAUGCACCAAUAUCAGCGUGUCCAGCCCUCUGACACGGCAGGUGAUGCAUGUGGCCGUCACAGUGCUGCGCACUGGAUCCAGCAGCGGAACACGAGAUUUGUCCUUUGAGGAACCUACUUUCUUUGACCAGCUCGUGGAAUCCUACCAGGUGCUGAUGUUCACCUUGUUUGCAGUCCUGGCUACAACAGCUGUAAUUUUUAUUGCUUACAACGCCUUCUUGACAAGGAUACAGACUAUUCCUGUAAUUUAUGUUUCAGCACCACAGCAAGCAGGUUACACUUCAGCACCUCAUUGUAGUAACCCACGGAGGCGAUAUCUGCAGUCUUGGCUGUGGAGUGUUCGUUGACAAGCUGUUGUGGAGAAAGAACCAGUGCAAUUAGUUAGCAGUAAGAAUUACUUUUGUAAAAUAUGAUUGCAUUUUGUCAGUUGUGUUUAAAAUUCAAGCAAAUUUAAUCUUGUCUUCAUUAAAGCUUUUGUUCAAAGCAGACAUCUAAAUUAUGACACUGAGUGCAUUUACAACAUCACGUUAAAGAUUGUAACUUCAGGGUACAUUGAGACACACUAUCAGUUUCACUGUAAUCCCAGACAUUAUCCAGCAAUAUGGUCUCAUUACCUCUUCAAUUUGAUUUGUAAUCUGCCUUGGGAGGAAAUGUACUUUGUUAAUAUCUGGUGGCAUAAAUACGUAUAACGAGCAUGAAUUUCAGGAGUGUAAUUACUGCGUACUGUGGAGAACGUCAUUUCUCACGUAAGAAAAUCAGCCAAAGAAAAGUUAUACAGCAUUGGUUGUUAUUUUUAUAUCAAACAUUUAGGUGAUGGCUUCAUGAGUGACAAAUGAAUAAUCAUCGUACCCUGUAUAGAAACAUAGUGCUAUCCACUGGCUACAAAAUGUUGUUCAUUGUUGUAUUUUAUAUAGCGUUACAUGUCUGGCAAAGCAAUUAUUUAUUCCUCAUCUCUCUGUUAAUUGUACUUCUGAAUCUAUCCUAAGUUGUUGUUUGGAAGUUGCAUCAUUUAAAUAUUGCUAUCUUGUGAUCAUUUGACCUUGUAGUAACAUUAGUCAUUCAAUCUUGAUUGUUAUAAAACCGAGCAUGUUUAUUGUGGUAGGUAGUUUAAAGUUGAAUGUCUUUAAUUUAGGUGCAAUAAAAUUCAGAGGGAAAUGAACAACAUGUAUGGUUACAUUUAGAAUGUGGAGUUUGGUACUGAAUCUUUGUGAUUCAGUUUACUUGGCUUCAUACAUUGGGAAUAAAAAGGUUAUUUUAAUUUCAAAUGAUU